AUGGCGUCCACAUCAACGAAGCCCGCCACUACAGGCACGGCGAUGAUUCUGGCGCCAGCAAUGACCUUGCGGGGUCACGAAGAUCAGAUUCGCUCGAUAUCCUACUUUCCGAGCGGAGAGCGAAUGAUCAGCGGAUCUGACGAUCUUACUACUCGGCAAUGGGAUUUGCAGUUGGGUAAGGAGAUUUCGAAGUUGCGGGAUGAUUGUCAGCGGCAAGUCCGUGCAGUGGCUGUUUCAAGGGAUGGUCGAUGGAUUGCCACUGGUGGUUCACAUUCCGGUCGCGGGGAGCUCAAAGCGUGUGAUGUUCAGACCGGCAUCGUGAAGACUUUUGAAAGUCACUCACAAGAAACUUAUUGCAUCGAUAUCUCUGAGGACAGCACGUUGCUGGUGAGCGGGGCACUCGAUCGCUCGGCUCGGAUAUGGAGCUUGGAGACUGGCAAAUUCAUCGGUGGACCAUUCACGAGCGUUCAGAGUCUGGGCGCAGUUCGAUUCUCGCAAGACUCGAAGAAACUCGCAGUCAUGACAGAUGUCGGGAAGUGCCUUGAGGUGUGGGAUAUACACACACAGAAAAUGAAGGUCAGAGUGGGAAGGUUUGGCUACGACCCCAUGACAUAUGCACCAGUGUUCUGGAGAAACAAAAACACAACUAUCAUUGCUGCAUUCAGUUUCACGGAUGGCCCUGCCAGGUCAAUAUAUGAGUUCGAUGCAUCCACCCUGGAGACUAUCGGAACUCCCUUCGAAGGGCACACCAUGGUUCUCGCUGGCCUAGCGCUGUCAUCUGAUGGUGAUCUCCUCAUUAGCGCUUGCUACGAAACAAUCAAGAUCUGGGCCUUCGACUCCCGCCAUCUCCUCGCAUCAUUCGAUGUUCUACCUCCCCACUCCUUAACCCUUUCACCCGACUCACGUCAACUAGCUUACACAAGUGGUAGCGAGAUUUAUAUAUAUAACACUCCGGCCGAGAUCCUGGCCCAGGCCAGUACUGGUGCACAUAAAAAGUCAAGCCUCGGUGAUCUGCUCAAGUCUGAGGCAACCCGCCGUCCUGGUGCUGUGCGCCGUAACCCAGGGACAUCACCUGGAAUUUCUUUCCCCCCUACGCCGCAAAGACCUCCGGCUACAGGACCGCAGCAAUCCGUUUUUGCUCGCCGCCUCCGCAAACUCCUUCGCAUGCCUUCUCACGCGAAUGCAGUUCCGAACAAUCAGCCUCGCAACCCCCUAGAUUUCCCUGCUACAUCUGCCCUACCUCGGAACCGCUCUCCCGCGGUGCAGGCCACAACUCGCAUUGACAGUAUUAAUAUUGGAGCAACUUCUCCCCGUCAUACAAAUGGAUUUACGCAGUUCCUGCGGCAGCACCUUUCCUUGCACAGAUCAAGGCCCACCCACGAGCCACCGACCGUUGAAGUCGCAGCCGGACGCAAGUUUACUCGACUUAAAGCUGCUAAGCUACCAGAAUACAGGAAAGCUGGUGAUACCCGACAUCUAUCUAGGCAGCAAUCGGCCACGGUGGGAAACGACCCACCGGCUGAGUCGUCUGACCUUGAUUCGCUCCCAGACGUGCACUGGUGCAAGGCGUUCUUCUGCUACUACUCGUGCUGGUCUCAUGGAAGACUGAGGAUGCCUCCACGAUGGCGCUUGGAGCGUGUUUACCCACUCCAACAGACUACCACUGCAAGCGGGAGUGGUGCUGGGGCUCAAGGUCGCAGUUAG